GGGCUGAGAAAAUACAAGCGAAAAACUGUCGUGGUAAUAGUCUUUGUUUCCCUCCCUCCAUUUAGCUCCCAAACAUAGUGUAACACCCUUAUCUCUUUUGACAGACGAAACUCAAAUCUCUGACACACAAAUCUAGUGUUGAUGUGGCGGCUGCCUCGAUCCUUCUCCCCUCCCCUUCCUGGAAACUUCAAUAUUCAGUAUUCUAAGACCUUAAAAAUGACUCCGCGGACCAAUUUCCUUUAAAUAAGUGUGCGUGAACUCCUGCUCAAGAAGAAAAUUACUCUGGUUUCACUCAGGACUGUUGAUUCUUGAUUGAUUCCUGAGCCAUUUAGUUUCUUAUCUUGUUUUCUUUUAAUUUCCUCAUAUUGUUCAUGGAUACCCUUUUACAAGAAUACCCAAAUUCCAUGAAUAGAUUCAUGUUUGACCAUGCCUCGGUUUCUUUCUCUUCGAAUAGGAAUCUUUUUAAUGGAUAUCAACUCAAUGAUACCAUGAGUGAUCCAAAUCCUUCUUUUAAUUCUUUCAAUCCUGAACCUCCUAAUGACUCAACAUCGUCAUCUUCCUCUUCAAAUUCAUCCUCUGAAGGAUAUGGUCCAAGCAAUAAUGUUACUCUCAAGUUCAUAAGUGAUGUGCUUUUGGAAGAGGACUUGGAGGGUAAGACCUGUAUGUUGCAGGACUGUUUAGCCCUCCAAGCUGCCGAGAAACCCUUCUAUGAUGUCCUUGGUCAGGAAUACCCCCAUUCGUCGAAUCAAUUUCUUUCUUGUUUCGAUAAAAAUUUUGAAAGCCCGGAUAAUGGUUUCACUUGGAGUAGCGGUAUUGAUAGCAGCAACAGCAAUCCUCCUGGUAAUAACUUGGUUGAAAAAUCCGAUUGGAUUUUUGAUCAAGCUGAUUUAGACUUAUAUCAAGUGCAAACCUCUCCAGUUCUCCCCCUCGAAAGAACCCUUCUAGCACCAGAUCUCCACAGUCCGGUGCACCCGCACCCUUUUGAGGUGCUCAGCAAAGGGGGAGGAGAAGCGGACAAUUUUCUUUCAGGUAAUGAUUAUUUCAUGGUAUCUUCAAAGAGCAACUCCUCCAACCCUCCGGACAAGGACGAGGGAGACUACUCACCAAAUAGUUCACGGGGAAGAAAAAAUCAUCAGCGGGAAGACAGUGAUGAUCUAGAAGAAGAGAGGAGCAAGAAGCAUUCUGCACUUUCUCCUGCAGAGUCUGAGCUGUCAGAGUUACUUGAUGAGGUGUUGCUUUGUCAUGUUGCACAAAAUGAGUCGACUUCAUGUUCUCUUCUGGGAAAUUCACAAAAUGGAGCAGCUGGGAAUGAGCAGAGAAAAGGGUCUAAUGGUAGAACAACACGAGGAAAGAAAAGGGGAAAGAAAGGAGAAGUUGUGGAUUUGAGCUCUCUCCUCGUCCAAUGUGCACAGGCUGUGGCAAUUGGUGACCAAAGGACUGCAAGUGAGAUACUUCAGCAGAUUAGGCAACACUCUUCUUCAUUUGGUGAUGCAAACCAAAGAUUGGCGCAUUACUUUGCCAAUGCCCUUGAUACACGCUUAGCAGGCACCACGACACCUACAUUUACACUAUUUGUAAACCCCAGAACAUCAGCAGCUGAGAUCUUAAAAGCUUACCAGGUAUAUGUCAGAGCGUGCCCAUUCAAAAGGAUGUCUAAUUUCUUUGCCAACAGGACAAUUCUGAAACUAGAAAAGAAAGCAACAAGACUACACAUCAUUGAUUUUGGUAUUCUUUAUGGUUUUCAAUGGCCUUGCCUAAUCCAGCGUCUCUCGGAAAGGCCUGGUGGACCUCCCAAGUUACGUAUUACAGGAAUUGAGCUUCCUCAACCAGGUUUCCGGCCUGCAGAAAGGGUUGAGGAGACAGGCCGUCGCUUAGAAAGAUAUUGUGAGAGGUUUAAAGUCCCUUUUGAGUAUAUUCCCAUAGCACAGAAAUGGGAAACCAUCAGAUAUGAGGAUCUCAAAAUUGACAAAGACGAGAAGGUUGUCGUCAACUGUCUAUAUCGGCUAAGGAACCUCCCGGACGACACAAUUGUGGAGAAUAGUGCAAGGGAUGCUGUUUUGAAAUUGAUCAACAAGAUCAAACCGGACAUGUUUAUCCAUGGGGUUGUAAAUGGUAAUUUCAAUGCGCCAUUCUUUGUCACUCGGUUUCGAGAGGCGCUCUACCACUUUUCAUCAUUGUUUGAUAUGUUCGAGGCUACUGUGUCUCGCGAAGAUGAACACAGAAUGAUGUUUGAAAAAGAGCAAUACGGAAGAGAUAUUACCAAUGUGAUAGCAUGUGAGGGUAAAGCAAGAGUUGAAAGGCCAGAGACAUACAAGCAGUGGCAGUCUAGGAAUCUAAGAGCCGGGUUCAGGCAACUUCCAUUGGAUCAAGAGCUUUUCAAGGAUGUGAGAUCUGUGGUGAAAUCAGAGUACGAUAAAGAUUUUGUUGUUGAUGCAGAUGGCCAGUGGGUGCUACAGGGAUGGAAGGGGAGAAUAAUCUAUGCUCUAUCAAUCUGGAAACCAUUCCAGGAGUAAUGCUUAAAAAUACUUAAGAAUUACUGGUUUUUUAGAUCCUACUAGAAGUUGUUCUACAUUGUUAUAUAUGUUAAAUUUUACGUCAGAUAUUUUUAGUAUUGAUGUAAUUUAUAUCCUAAUUCCUAGCAGUGAUUUUGUUCAUAGGUUUACCCUCAUGUAUUGAACAUUCGUAUUCUAGCCAAACAAAAAUACAUUCAAAUUGCAGUCCA